AUGGGCAACAGCCACAGCACCGCGCACUCGCCCCAUGCCCACGGCAGAGAACGCGGCGGCAGAAAUUCCGCCGCCAAUGUUGCCGCCGCAGACGCUGGCAGCGCAGACGCAGGCCGCACGAGCGCGGCGGAAGAAGGACCGCCCGCCGCAGCGGAACCCGCGGGAUCGCUCCCAGCAGGCAGCGAGUCAGCGGCAAGGCAGCGGGCGAGCGGCGCAGCUGAGGGGCAGCGGCGGGGGCUGUCGUCGCUGACGGCGGGGCUUCUCUCCUCCGCGCGCGAGCACAGAGGCGCCUCGCGGGGGCGCGGAUGGCGCACGCAUGGCGGCACCUUGGCUCUAGGCGCCGCGCAGGCCAACGGCGCAGACGCGCAGGUGCGCGCACCCCCUGCCACCCGCCAGCCUUCCGCUGGCACUGCGGGCAGGGCAAGCGCGGGGAGACGCGGGGCAGCAGGGGCGGGCGCAGGGGCUGGCGGCACUGGACGGUCCACCACUGCGGCCGCUGCAGCGGCGGCGGCAGCAGCUGUAGCGGCAGCGACGGCAGUGGAUGGGGAAGCGGAGGCAGGGGCUGCGGGCAGUGGUAGUGGCGCUGCUGCUGCUGGUGGCCGUGCGGCGGCCACAGGGGGAGCAGCAGGCGAGGCAGGCGGAGGCGGGGGAGGAGGGGGAGGAAGGGGAGGGGAGGCGACGGAAAGGGGGACGGGCGGAGGGGAAGGGGAGGGCGAGCAGGCAGCAAUUCAAGAACAGUGGGCCCUUUCCUUCCAUUCUUGUCAACCACUCCCUUCCAUUGUGUGUCUCCCUUCACUGCACCGACCUGACCCCCCUGCGCGCGGCUUACUGCAGCGCACGCAGACGGUGCGCAGCCUGGUGAACCUGCGCAAGCACUCCGUGCACCUGCUGCCCGUGCUACGCCGCCUGCAGUCGGUGCCAGGGGACCAGGGGGGGCGAGGGGACCAGGGGGAGCGAGCGGGGGAUGCCAAUGCAGCAGGGGGGAAAGAGGCUGUGAGCGAGGAGGCUGAAACAGAAGCAGCUGUGGAGGAGGGGAGAGGCGAGAGUGAGAGGACCCAACAGCAUGACGGACAGCAGCAGCAGGAGAAGCCGGGCGGGAAUGAGGGUGAAGCGUCAGGGGAGUGUGCUAAGGGGGUAGAGGAGGGUGUGGGUGGGAGCGUGGUGAAGAUCCCACCCCUCUCAUACCCGGCUGAUGCCUGCUUGCCCGCGUCUGCUGCCCACCUGCCACCACAGUCAGCAUCGGCAGCAGCACCAGGAGCAAAUGUUAUCGCAACAUCGGCAUCUGGGGCAGCGCAAGAAGCAGGGGAGGGGGAUGCAGCGGCAGCAGGCGGGCAGGGAGUGGUACACCCGUACGUGUACGGGCUGUCCUUCAUCGCUGACUGCUCUGUGCCCUGCAAUGUGACGGUGCAUGUCAUGGCGUAUGAGAAGGACAGACACCGAAAAGACAAGCCGCCCAGGCUCAAGUCGAAGGUGACGCAGCGCGAGGCGAGUGCAGCGGGCGUGGUGGCGGGGCUGGAGCAGACCUUCUCGCUGCCGCCCUCCUGCCUGCUCGCCUUCGAUGGCUUCCAGGACGCGCAGCUGACGUCAACCAAGACGUCACCAUCGCACACAUACCCCAUUGUCAUCCGCAUCCAGACAGCGCUGCCUGCAGGUCGGUCGCAUGACCCAGCAGCACGGGCGCAGCAGCAGACGCACACCACGUAUGCCACGCUCGUCAAGCAGGCGGACAGCACGUACGGCGUGCAGGUGUUGAAGCAGGUGCUGUGGGUGGGCGGCUGCUCGUAUGUGCUGCAUGAGAUCUUUGGCAUCGACGGCCCUGCCUCCUCACCCGCCCCACUGCAUGCCGCACCUGGGGAUACUGCCGAUCCCAAUGGAGGGGGGGCUAAUGUGGGUAGCAUGCAUUGGGCUGUGGCAGGAGCAGGUGUGGGUGAUUUAUCUGGCAGUGAGCAGGAACGAGUGGAUGUGCUCAAGCACAUGCGCUUCACAUUUAUUGUGCUCCCGUCCUUGCUGUGUCCCCUUGGCCCCGUUUCCGGCUCUCAUGCCUCUCCACGUCUCUCCCUCCUCCCUCCUUUCCCUUCCCUCCGUGCUCUCCCUCUCUCCUCUUCUCCCUCUUCCCUGCCCUCUUUCUUGCCCUCCCCUGCCGUUCUCCUCCCUGCAUGCAACACCGCCCUGGUGCAGGAGUGCGUGGUGUGUCUGGAGGACCCGCGAGACACGCUUGUGCUGCCAUGCCGCCACCUCUGUCUCUGCCUGCACUGUGCCAAGGCGCUCCGCUUCCAGUCCAACAAGUGCCCCAUAUGGUACCAGUACCCUCUUGCCUCAGGCUAUUGUGUCUCUCCGUUCUUCGUAUCGCCCGUGCCAUCCAUCGAUUUGUCUUUGCUCCCUUGCCUUGCCGCUCAUUGUGGUUCUUCUGCCCCUCUGCAUGUUCCCUGCCCCACAUCGCUCUCUGGCUGCUGCCUGCCGCUCAGUUCUGGUGCUGCUGGUGCUAGUGCUGGUGCUGCUGCUGAUGGUGGUCAUGCUGCUGCUGGUGCUGCUGUGGACACUGUGACAAUCAGCUCUAUCAACACUGAGUUAGAAGCAGGAGUCGGGCAGGGGGAGGAGGAGCGGAAGGGGAAGAGGUUGGAGCAAGUUCAAGUAAUGGAAGGGAGGAAAGUGCAUGGGGAGAGGGAGGUGCAAGCUGGUGGGGAAGACGAGGGGCAAGGGAUGGGGGAGAGAGAGGGAGUGAGGAAGGCAGGGAGCAGUUGUACAGGUGGCACAGAGGAGAGCAUUAUGUGUGGUGGGGGUAGUGGUGUGGCUGAAGCUGGAGCGGAAAGGAUGAGGGCAGACGGACAGGAGGGGGCGAGCAGAGAAGAGGGCGGAGAAGCAGGUGCGGACUACAGGGUAGUCGGUGCAAAGCAGAGGGUUUUCAUGAGCGGCAGUGGGAAAGGUGUGGAGGGAGGAGUAGACAGAAGAGAGAUGACGUGCGAAGAGGUGAGCCAAGGAGUGGGAGGAGAGGAGGCGCACGAAAAGGAGGAAAUGAUGGUGCAGGUGGAAAGUGGGCCUGGCAGUGGGGAGUCGCAUGCAGGGCAGCUACAAGGGGUAGGAGUGGCCCACGAGGCCCGGGUUGAGGUCGGGUGCUAG